AUGUCGAAACUCUUCUCUCCCCUCACGGUCGGCUCGAUCCAGCUCUCCAACCGCCUGGCCUUGGCUCCUCUGACGCGAUACCGUGCCGACGACGAAUGGACGCCGACGCAGAUGAUGAAGGAGUACUACGCGCAGAGGGGCUGCGUGCCGGGCACCCUGCUCGUGUCCGAAGGGACCCUGAUCUCGCACCGCGCCGCCGGCCGCCGGAACGUGCCCGGCAUAUGGAGCGACGCCCACAUCGCAGGCUGGAGAGAGGUGACGGACGCCGUCCACGAGAAGGGGUCUUUCAUCUACUGCCAACUGUGGCAUCUCGGCCGCGGUGGCAGGGUCGACGUGCUCGAGUCCCUGGGCCUGUCCCUCGAGUCGUCGAGCGCGGUGCCCAUUGCCGACGACACGCCCACGCCCGUCGAGCUGACCGAGGCCGACAUCCUAGCCACCGUCGAGGACUACGCGGCGGCUGCCCGCAAUGCCAUCGAGGCCGGCUUUGACGGCGUCGAGAUCCACGGCGCCAACGGCUAUCUCCCGGACCAGUUCCUCCAGGAUACCUGCAACAAGCGGACCGACGCCUGGGGCGGCAGCAUCGAGAAGCGGGCGCGAUUCCACUUGGAGGUGACCAAGGCCGUCGUCGACGCCGUCGGGGCUCACAGGACCGCCGUCCGUCUGAGCCCCUACAGCGACUUCCAGGGCAUGCUCAUGGACGAUCCGGACCCGACCUUCAGGUAUCUGGUCCAGCAGCUGAGACCCCUGGGCCUGGCGUACCUCCAUCUCAUCGAGGCCCGAAUUAGCGGAAACGACGACACGGAUUGCGGCGGACAGCGGACGGUGCGGUGGCUGGUCGAGCUUUGGGACAACGCGAGUCCCGUCCUGCUCGCCGGCGGCUUCACGGCCGCGUCGGCGAGGACGGCCGCCGACGACACGUACAAGAAGUAUCAUGUGGCUAUCGUGUUCGGCCGGUACUUCAUCUCGAACCCAGACCUCGUAUUCCGCAUCAAGGAGGAUAUCGAGUUGGAUAAGUACGAGCGGACAUACUUUUACACGCCCAAGCUGCCGACUGGGUAUAUAGACUACCCAUUCUCCCCCCAAUUCCAGUCGGCGUAG